CGCAACGAGCCCCACCAUUGCACGAUACUGGACCCCUCGUGAUGGACACCCGCCUCCCCCUCCUCCUCCUCCUCGCCGGCGUCGUCGCCGCCGCGGCGCCACUGCUCGCCACCGCCCAGCUCUCCGCCGACUUCUACUCCUCCACCUGCCCCAACGUCGAGAAGGUCGUCUCCACCGUCAUCGAGCGCAAGUUCAAGGAGGACCCUACCACCUCCGCCCUCCUCCUCCGCCUCCUCUUCCACGACUGCUUCGCCAAUGGAUGCGACGCGUCGAUCUUGAUCGACCCGCUGUCGAACCAGAGCGCGGAGAAGGAGGCGGGGCCGAACAUCUCGGUGAAGGGCUACGACAUCAUCGACGAGAUCAAGACGGAGCUGGAGAAGGAGUGCCCGCAGGUGGUGUCGUGCGCGGACAUCGUGGCGCUCAGCACGCGCGACAGCGUGCGCCUCGCCGGGGGCCCCAACUACGACGUGCCCACCGGCCGCCGCGACUCGCUCGUCUCCAACCGCGAGGAAGGCGACUCGCUCCCCGGCCCGGACAUCGCCGUCCCGAAGCUCAUGGCGCAGUUCUCCGAGAAGGGGUUCAGCGCCGACGAGAUGGUCGUCCUCCUCGCCGGCGGCCACUCCAUCGGCAAGGCCAAGUGCUUCUUCAUCGAGGUCGACGCGGCGCCCAUCGACCCGACCUACCGCUCCAACAUCACCGCCUUCUGCGACGGCAAGGACGGCGACAAGGGAGCCGUCCCCCUUGAUCCCAUCACCCCCGACGUCGUCGACCCCAACUACUUCGAACUCGUCAUGGACAAGAAGAUGCCGCUCACCAUCGACCGCCUCAUGGGGAUGGACGCAAGAACGAAGCCCAUCGUGGAGUCCAUGGGUAAAAAGACCGACCAGUUCGACGCCACCUUCGGCAAGGCCAUGACGAAGCUCAGCGGCAUGAAGGUCAUCACCGGCAAGGACGGCGAGAUCAGGAAAUCGUGCUCCGAGUUCAACAACCCGGUGAACACCGACGACGGCCCGUCCGUCAUCCGGAUCAGCUCGCUGAACCCCGAGGAGAUGAUGGGCUCCUUUGCGCCGGCCACCGGGAAGUCCCCCUCCGCCGCCUCGGAGUCCAGGAAGGUGGCACCAGGCGGCGCCAUGGAGGAAAGGAUGGCGGCCGGUGAGGCGAAGACGGAUGCUUCAGGCGGCGCCAUGGCGGAAAGGUUGGCGGCCGGUGAGGCGAAGACGGCUGCUGCGGCCUCCGAGGAUGAAAACCAAGCGGCAGCUGGUGGCGCCGCCGGCGAUGAGGCGGCGGCGGAGGAGGAGGGGACCAAGUCCAACAAGAAGAAGGCCGAGCGGGUGACCGCAGAAGUACCUGCCGACGAGGCGGCGCCGGCGGCAAAGAAGCCGAGGGCGAUGGGCGGACAAUCGUUCAGCAUGGCCGGCGCCGGCGCCGGCGGCGAGCCGGCGAAGAAGUCGACGGCGAUGAAGAGCCAAUCCUUCAGCAUGGCGGGCCAGCCGCAACAGUAGACGAAGAAGAAGAAGAAGAAGAAGAAGAAGAAGAAGAUGCCGCGCUGCUAGCUGAGCCGUUCGCACGGCGGCCUGAUCGAGCGCGCAUUGCCAUUUAUCGUUUUUGAUUUUCUCACUCUCUCUCUCGCCUGUUUGUAGAAGGGACGAGCAUACUACUACCGCUAAUUACUAGGCUUAAUUUUGCAAGUAAUGUCGUGUCGAGUUUUUUUUAACAGCGACCAAAAGCUCGAUGAUAUUUUCUCUUUUCAUUUUCCCUUUUUUUUUUGUCAUUCUUGUUAAGAAUUCGUUGCCAACUCAAUCUGGCUGGCAAAUAAAAGUGUAUUAAAUUUCCCCUUUUUAUAUAGAGAGACAGGUACACAAUUGUAAUUGUUUUUUUAGAUCAACCAAUGCAUGUGAAACGA